CGCUGGAAUACCAUCAAGGACUCAAGAGGAACAGGGUCACGCAGGAGUCAUAGUGCUGAGCUCAAAUCUGCGCAGGAGCUGAAGGGUGCAACGAGAAAAGUCGCAAUUAAGGAUUUAAGAACAUUAUGCAUCAUAAAAAUGCAGCUUGCGGAUGCAAACGUUUUCAGGUCUGGUGUCGGUUUUGAUAGUGUUUGUGUGGCUGGGUGGAAACCAGGUCUCUCCCCUCCGACCCAUCUGUGACCUGAGGGUUCUGGAACACUUUGUACGAGAAGCUCGAGAUUCUGAAGUCAUCAUGCGAGGUUGCAGAGGAGGCUGUGGAGCGAUGAAAUCCUACUUUGUACCUCUGACUAGUGUUGACUUUGCUUUUUGGGAACAUAUAGACGUUCAUGAACAGGCCGUGGAGGUCCAGACUGGACUGUCUCUGCUGGUUCAGGCCCUGAGUACAGCAAUGAAAGCAAUGAGCAACUCUCGUCUGGCCAAUGCACUGGAUAACAACAUCAGUAACAUCCACAGCCUCAGCCAGAUCCUGCACAGUCUUGAUUUACAGCAGGCCAGAUCCACAGUUCUUCCAGAUGAUUCAGCUCCUACCAGCUCACAGACGCAGGAAGUCUCCUCUCUCCCAGAACUUCUGCAGGUGCAGAGCAGUUUCCUGCGUGGCAAAGUCAGACUCCUGCUUUCAGCUGCACCAGCCUGCCAACGGCAAAACAGCUGAUGCGAACUCAGGAACUGUUUACAGCAGUCACAGAUACACACAACCUCAGACACGAACACUUGAUUGUGACUUGUUACUCAAUCUUAAAUCUUAAAGAGCUUAUGAGUUCCAGGUGUCACUCUUUAAAUGGUCUUCUGCAUUCGAAAGCCUGUAGUCAUGUUUCUAGAGAAUGCAUCACGUGUAGAGUGAAGUAAAACGGUCGUGACACCUUGACUUAUUCAACAAGGUGAACAUGGCAGAAGAACCUGCAGAGGAACGUUUCAGAGCCCACAAGUGGACUCAAAGGCUUAUAUCAGGGUGGCGAACAGCUUGUCUGGCUGUAUCCAGCCACCUGGACUACAGUACACCUGAGACACUUUUAUUUAAUUAUAUUUGUAUGUUCAAUUUUCAACAAAUUCAUGAAUUGUGCUGUUAUUUGUUCAUUUUUUAGUAGGCAGUGUCCCUUAUGUGUACGCAUACUACAGGACCUGUCCUUUCUGAGAUGUGUACAUUUAACAGCAAGACCAAAGGUCUUUUUUUGAGGAUUCAGCAAGGUUUGCCAUGUGGACACAUGCUGUGUGGCUGCUGUGGUAUGAAGUAUGCUUCCAUCUAGAGGACAAAACAGGAAAAUUAAAUAAAACUGCAAGUAUACAUAAAUUAUAUAAGUGAAUAAAAUAUUUUUUCAAGUAGACAAUUUAGGACAAUAACAUGCAAAUAAGGAGACAGGCCUGUCCGUAUGUUUAAUAACCUUUUUAAUGUUGUCCAGUUCAGAUACACAACAUACAGUGUGUAAUAGCCUGUAUAGGAAAUAGAAAUAUGAAUUUCAUUCUUUAGACCCAUUAUGGUCAUACAGUCCCCUCAUCUUAAGCCUUUUUUUUGUAUGUUGCUGAAAUUCAACAAAAUGAAACUCAACAGGUGCAAGUCUUUUUUUUUUUUGGCGACCAAGCAUUAAUACUCUCAGUAUUUUUUUUCUUCAUUUUUUUUCUUUAAAUCUUCUAUAAUACAUAGGCAACCCAGUCAAAAAGUAUCACCAUGUAUUUCUGGUGAGAGUGUGCUUUAUAUGUCUGUCAGUUGCCGGUAGAAUCAUCUCUCUCCCUUUAUUUUUUAGAAAAAUAUGAACUGUUUAAAUUCUCUACUUUGAAAUAUAUGCAGCUCAAAUUCACAACAAAGAGAUAAGCCAGAACUCUGUGGAAUCCCACCCCCACUCCAACAAAUCUCCAAUGGUUUGGGUAACAUUAAAUUUCUAAGAACUUACAACCAGGUAGGAGAAAACAAAUACCCCACACUGUCAUUUAGUCCACUGAAGCGUAAUGAAGAACACCCAGGAGAAUGACUCAAACAGCAGGCCUCUCGGAAAAAAACAGGGCUGACUCAAGCGAUUUACAUCCUACGGCCUCAUACGAGGAAAUAGAACAAGCUUCCCCACAUAAACUUUCUCAUUUAACUCUCCAACAAAAUAUUCUGAUUAGGCCCUGAUCGGUUCCACCCUCCGUUUUUCAAACGAAACAGAAUCAGAUGCAGCCACUCCAUGUCCAUUGUCGGGUCUUGCAGCAAAUUUGAAUUCCAAAUGCAAUUACUCUCAUCAAGUGCGCUCAUUCUUGACUCAAUAUAUUCUCUAAUGUGGAAUUCGCUUCGUUUCCGCUUCCCUCAACAUUCAUUACGAUUUAAUGUCUUUUGUCGAAAAGAAGCUUUAGUAUCUGUAAACCUUCAAAUGAAAAUCUAAUGGUCUUCAGAAUCGUGGGUGGAGGGAUAUGAUUGGAUGAAUGAGCUUGCACCUGUUUAUACAGUGGAUACGAUUGGCCAUGAACUCAACAAUAAACAAAAUAUUUACAAAGACCAUGUCAUCUCUUACACUUGUAAAAAUGUACAGUUUGCAUCUUUUGUUUUUCGUCAUGACAUGACAUGAAGUGGUCUUUGUGUUUUCCAUCCACCCACCGACAAGAAACUCCAAAAACAAGACGACGAGAACAAAAAAUGGAUGGAGAUGAGAUCGGUAUGCACAGUUGCUUGCAUUAUGGAUCAUAAAUGUAUAUUUAAGUGGCAUGAGGGGUGAUGCCUCGUCCACUGUAAUGCAGUAUACCUCUUCAGGCUGUGUUUAGUUUCUGACCGCCACUAUGGCUCAGACCUGAUGCACAAAGCUACCAGAGUGAGUAUCCAGAGCUCAUAUAGAGGCCACAUUUGUGCUGUUCCUCAUACACUCACACUUACAUGCGCAUACAUGAACGCAAAUCGCCCAUCUCACGCUUCCUCUCAGCCAGAUCGUUCUUGGCACCCUGAAAGAGAGAUUUCGGAAAAACGCGUUGAGAGGUGAGAGGUUGAACCAGAAGGUCUUGCGGGGACUUGUGACAGGGCAUGUAACAAGAUGUCCACCUGAUGACAAGUGAGCUCAAACUGAGAUAAUCACUCAAAGGUCAGUGUCAGUGAGGGGGAAGAAUGUUCUGGACACAUCAUGAGCUCUCUUGGGCUCUGGAUAAAAGAGAGAGACGGAGAGACUCCAGCUGUGCGGGAACGGGUGUAGGUGUUGAUCCCGUCGCUCUGGACGUCCAACUCAGCAGAGCCCGAGUCUUUACGGAGAAAUGGCAAGAGAGAGCGACACAGUGAACUUUCCUUAACUCAAUGUGGCGUAAUGUGUGGGUUACUACUGAUGACUAUAUGAGUGGAGAGAGAGAUAAAAGGGAUAAAAAAGGAGAGGAGGGGAUCGUGGAUCUGAUCAGUCCUUCUCCAGGAGAUGAGCUUUGUCGUACAGCUUCCGUAAUUAUAAAUGAAAAAAAAGAAGGGAACUAUUUAUCCUCUUUAUUAUCGUCAAGAAUCAGUUUCAUUUCCGGAUAUGACCAUGUAUCUACAGAGGGAAAAGAAUCUUCAAAUGAAGUGCACAAAAUACAGCUGAUGUAAAAAAAAAAAAGAGAGAGAGAGACAGAGAG